GUCCGAAUGUCCACGAAGUCGGCUGUAAGCGAGAUAAUCGAAGGAAGUGGGGCUGUUAGAGAACAUUAUAUCAGCGUCAAUAAUUCAACUUUGAUUCCACUUUUAUCAAACAAUUUCGAGGUGGGUCCGAAACGAGGAGCGGCCAGAAUUCACAUUCCGUUUCCCGCUGACAAAAGACUGGGGACCUCGGAUAACUGAGUCCUACAACAAGAUCAAGCAGAAGACAUCUUUGAACUUCAAGCAAAUAGAUCAGAUUGCGCUGCUCUCUGGUGUCCUGCAUUUUGACAAAGAGCAUGUUGGAUUCAAGACUGCUGAGAUCUCAGCUAUCACAAAGGAAGUUCUCCGUCGGUUUUAUACCAGCGAGCUGCAAGAGAAAGACGUAAAGCGGUCGGUAGAAGCAGCUGCACUAUGGAGCGCUUGGGUCCAGAAUUUGGGAUCAAUGAAUCUCUUGAGAUACCUAUCCAAGGACCUUGAAACCGCCGAGGAGCCCGAGAUCGAUCUUAGGUCGGUCGUUGACAUGAUAAUGGGAUCCUAUUACACAUGCCAAGAAAAAGACAUAUUACCUGUUUUGUUUGUGGCUCUGUAUGUGUUUCGACACUACAAUACAUGGUGCGAGAUUGAAAGUGAAAGUGAUAUUAUGUCGUCCGUCAUCGUGCCGAUUUUACGUGAAUUUAUGAAUAUACCGGGCCAUAUCCAAUUCAAAUGGUAAUAUCAUCCUGAUUGUUUAGCCGUUUGCAUAUAGGAAGAUGGGAUGUUCUUUUGGUUUAAUUGUCGUUAUUCCUUUUAGCAGUCUUAACAGUGCAUCGACUGCGGGCGAGAACAGAAAAGCUGCUUUGGCUCAGGAUGGGCAAGCCAGGCAACCCGACAUUGUGGGUCGAACAGAGGGAAAACGUGAGGUAUAUUAUGGAGAAAUCAAGGGUA